UUUUUAUCUAUUCAAGUAAAAGUUUAGAUUUAAGUUAACUAACAAUUAAUUGUUUUCCUUUAAUUGUUACCUAAUCUUAUUAAACCAUUUAAAUUGUUAAUCAAGUGUAAAAGCUUCAAGAUCAUCUUACCUUUAGAUUAAUUUGUUUUUUCUUCUUCUUCUCUCUUUGUCUUUAAUCAGAUAAAUUUGGUUUUUGUUUCUUCUACCAAAAUGGCUGCAGCUCAAGAUCAACAUGCAGGAAUCCCUCAAGCAAUGUCAGCUCAAGCUUUUUGUCUUCGACGGAAUAAUCAUUCUUCCGAUAUGUCGGAGCAUUUUGAACGAAUGUUCAAAGAGGAAGCGAUGGUUGAUGUUACCCUUUCCUGUGUCGAUGGAAGUAUUCGGGCUCAUAAAAUGGUUCUUUCCGCUUGUUCAUCUUAUUUUAAGAAUAUUUUCAACAAAUUUGUCAAUCCCUAUCAAUAUCCAGUUGUCAUUAUGAAGGAUAUUCCUUUUGCCGAUCUUCGUGCUAUCGUUGAAUUUAUUUACAGAGGAGAGGUUUUCGUCCCUCAAGAGCAAUUGGCAUCAGUAUUAAAAAGCGCUGAAAGUCUUAAGGUAAAAGGCUUAUCCGAAGUGAACGUAACCAAAAGUCAAACCAAUCAACAAUGGUAAUGAUUUGUCGCCUUCCAAUUCCAAUUCCAACAUUUUUUUCUCUAUGGCAAUUUCCUAAAUCUACUAUCAAAAACUCUCGGAUAAUCAAACCAAUUCAAAUGAUAAACUGAUCUGACAAUUCAUUUAAACUCUUCCAAUGGUGAUCAUUUUUUUAAAGUUCAGUAUCACAAAACAAACAUGAAAAAAUUGUUCCUCAUUCUGUGAAAUUGUUUGAUGGAUCUAAAUGAAAUUCAUUGUAACUACCAUGAGGUGUAUUAAUAUUCACCUAUUUUAGUAUAUAUUUUAAUUGAAAAAUUUAGAAUCAAUUUUCGUAACAA